AUGGUCUUUCUUCUUGAUUAUUUCCAGCACAAGCGGGACUGUAACUUCAAGCAGACAGAAAGGACACAACGAAUACAAGCUCUCGCUAGCUAUCAUGGCCCUUUCACAUCUCCAGAACGACAUAUCCUCUCUAAACCAAUUGAAGAACUCGUGCAAGAUGUACACAAACAAGUCACACAUCCCAUUGACAUCUUACGCGCCUACGGCAAAGCCGCUCUCAAAGCACACGAGAAGACGAAUUGCGUGACAGAGGUUAUGAUUGGUGCCGCAGAAGGCUGGACUACUGAUGGGAGUAUAAAUAUGAAAGGGCCUCUGGCAGGAAUUCCCAUCUCGCUCAAGGACUCGGUAGUGGUUGGGGGGUUUGAUACGUCUGUUGGAUAUAGUAGUAAUGUUGGAAACAAGGGGGCUAGGGAUGGGACUAUGGUGAGAUUAUUGAAAGAUGCUGGGGCGGUGCCGUAUGUUAAGACGAAUCUGCCGGUUACGCUGCUGAGUUUUGAAUCGACGAAUGAUGUUUGGGGGAGGUGUACAAAUCCUCAUAAUAACAAGUACUCUCCCGGUGGAUCAACGGGUGGAGAAAGUGCUUUGAUGGCUGCUGGUGGUGGGAGAAUCGGAAUUGGUUCUGACGUUGCUGGGAGUGUCAGGGUUCCGGCACAUUUCUCCGGAAUUUACAGUCUAAAAUGUUCUACGGGGAGGUGGCCGAAGAAUGGCAUGGUCACGAGUAUGCCAGGUCAGGAAGGAAUUGCUGCUGUAUUCUCACCUAUGUCAAGGACUCUGGGAGAUCUGUCAUACUUCACAAAGUCGCUUAUUGGUAUGAAACCAUGGACAUAUGACCAUUCAGUACAUCCGAUUGCAUGGAGAGAUGAUGUUACGAAGGAGUUUGAGGAGAAGAAGAAGUUCCGAGUAGGUGUUCUGCGUACCGAUGGGGUAGUUGACCCUAGUCCAGCUUGUGCCAGAGCUGUGGACGAAGUUGUAGCAGCUUUGAAAAAAGAGGGCCAUGAAGUAGUUGAUGUAGAACCUCCGUCUCCAUACGAGGCCCUCUAUAUUGCUUCUAAACUUCUCAACGCGGAUGGCUGUAAGACUUACAAGUCAUUCUUCCGAACUGGAGAAUGGGAAGAUACAGGAGCAAAGCAAAUGAGUUGGCUCAUGGCUCUACCUAGUCCUUUCAAGUAUGCUUACUAUCUGUGGGUCAAGUAUGUCAGAAGAGACGAUGUUUGGGCUGGUCUCAUCAAAGAUUGGAAAGAGAAGUCCGCGUAUGAGCAAUGGAAGCUUGUAACAAAGAGAGAAGCCUACAAGGCGAAAUUCCAUGACUGGUGGGAGCAUGAAGCCAAGGUAGAUUUCAUAAUCACGCCUCCUAAUGCCACACCAGCAGUUCCUCAUGACGGGAUGAAGGAUGCAGUCAGUAGCUGUGGUUAUACUUUCUUAUUUAAUCUCGUAAGUCUCCUCCAAUUCCGCGAUUAUGCAAAGCUGAUACAAAAGCAGCUUGAUUACACAUGUGGCAUCAUGCCCAUAACUCACGUGGACAAAUCACUCGACCAGCUGCCUGCGAACUUCUCACUCAAGGACUUGAAUGGUGUUGCUCAAGGAGCUUACAAGCAUUAUGAUGCCACAGCUAUGCAUGGCCUUCCGGUCGCUGUACAGAUUGUGGGUCAGAGAUUGGAAGAGGAAAAGGUGCUCGCUAUUAUGAAGAGGAUCGAGGAUACAUUGGGUGACGACAAAUAUCAGCUUUUGGAACUUCAGUAA